GUCACUUGCACGUGAGCGAGAUAGCACUACCCGUUACUUCAGUCCGUUAAAGCAGUCUGCGUCUGUGCGAGGGCGUGCGGAGACGUGCGAGUUUGCGUUAGCGUGUCGCAUAACAGAAACUUCUAGAAUCGAACGCGUUCCAUUAUUGUUUUUUUUUAUAUAAUCUAUAAACAAUGACUGGACAGUCGAGCAAUGUUAACAUGGAAUGGAAAACCGAUACGAUAUUCCAAUUCUUGAAUCUAUAUCAGAAAGAACCGUCACUAUGGAACACUACGUCUAUGGAGCAUAAGAAUAAGGAUGAUACGUACGACGCUUGGAAUAGAAUUAAACAGCAAUUAGGUGAUAGAAAUAUACCAAUUAAAGAAAUUAAGAGGAAGAGAGACAAUCUAAUGUCUACGUACAGAAGGCUGAGAGGUAAAGUCGAGAAAUCACGAUUGACAGGCGGAGAAGAGGAAAUAUACAAACCGGACUGGCCGUUCUAUAACUUUAUGGCGACGUUUCUUGACGAUAUGUACAAUCCGAGAAAAUUGCCGUGUCCGGACGCGAGUAUUUCCUCCGUAUCAACAUUUAUCAAAGAAGACUCUAACUCAGAAUGUAAUGAAGAAGAAUAUUUUAAAAAAGAAACAAUACCAGCAACGAAAACACCUAAACGAAGAAAGAUUCAAAGUUCUGAUCAUAAUAAACAAUCGAGCGAAGGUAGCGAAUGCUUAAAACGAAAUAAAAAAUUAGAUCCGGAUUUAGAAGAAUGCACACUUUACACCCAAUUGUUAUGCAAAAAGCUAAAAACAUUAAAGGAGAAUACGCGAGAGAUAGCGAUGCUGGAAAUAGAUAGAUAUAUUUUCAAUUUAAAACAACAAGAAAAAUCAAACUUGGUUCUAGUUCCGCCAACGUUAAUGCCCGUUGAAGGACAAUAUUCGCCACGAUAUCACCUGUCACCACGUUCUGAGUAUUCGUCAGUAUCACAGCAGUCACCAGAAUACAAGCCGGAGUUCUCUAUUAAUUUGUCACCAUAUCCUAUUAAUUCUUCUCAUCAACCAUCAGAGGAGCAGUCCAAUGAAUCGCAACCAACGUCAGGUUCAGAAAACUCUCAGAUGCCAUCGUGACAUUAACGGGAAUUACGACUUGAAUACACAAAAACACUUCUUACCUCAAAGUAUUUUACAAGCUUUAAUUAACCUCACUCGUAUGAUUUAUGGGUAAAAUUCUGCAAAUGACUUUUGUAUGGGUAACUGAAAUUUAAAACUUCUUUGAAAGCAACAACGGUAACAAUACAAUCUAGUACUAAAUAUUUUUUAAA